GCUUGCAGCCCGGAGACGUCACCGCGCAUCCGGGUCUCGGGUCUCAGCUCUCUUCUCGGUCUCCGUCUCUUCGCGUCCCCCAUGGCCGCCCCGCUCAAGGACGGGAAGCUGCCCACGACGGAGCGGGCGGUGAAGGCGGUGCCGUUCCCCCCUUCGCGCUGCCUCUCCGCGCGGGAGCUCUUUGAUGAGGCGACCUCGGCUCCGCGCCUGGAGGUGCUGCGCUCGCACCUCCUGCGCGAGGGCCGCGUCGAGGAGGAGGCGGCCAUCCUCAUCCUCAAGCGCGGGGCAGAGGUGCUCCGCGCGGAGCCCACGGUGCUUGACAUCGCCGCCCCGCUCACUGUGUGUGGAGAUGUCCAUGGGCAGUUCUAUGACUUAAUGAAGUUGUUUGAGGUGGGAGGCUCCCCGGCUCAGACGCGAUACCUGUUCCUGGGAGACUACGUGGACCGUGGAUACUUUAGCAUCGAGUGCGUGCUGUAUCUCUGGGCGCUGAAGAUUCUCUACCCUGGAAGCCUCUUUCUGCUCCGCGGGAACCACGAGUGUCGCCACCUCACAGAGUACUUCACCUUCAAGCAGGAGUGCCGUAUCAAGUAUUCUGACCGCGUGUAUGAUGCCUGCAUGGAGGCGUUUGACUGCCUCCCGCUGGCGGCGGUGAUGAAUCAGCAGUUCCUCUGCGUCCACGGGGGGCUAUCCCCGGAGCUCCACACCCUCGACCAGAUCCGCAGGCUGGACAGGUUCCGAGAGCCUCCGGCCUACGGCCCGGUCUGCGACCUCCUGUGGUCGGAUCCCCUCGAGGACUUUGGGAGCGAGAAAACCCAGGAGCAUUUCACCUAUAACAGCGUGCGUGGGUGCUCCUACUUCUACAGCUACCCGGCCGUGUGUGAGUUCCUGCAGAACAACGGACUCCUGUGCGUGAUCCGUGCCCAUGAAGCGCAAGAUGCAGGGUACCGGAUGUACCGUAAGAGUCAAACAACCGGAUUUCCAUCUCUCAUCACCAUCUUCUCCGCUCCCAACUACCUCGAUGUCUACAACAACAAGGCGGCCAUCCUCAAGUAUGAGAACAACGUGAUGAAUAUUCGCCAGUUCAAUUGCUCGCCGCAUCCGUAUUGGCUGCCCAACUUCAUGGACGUUUUCACGUGGUCCCUGCCAUUCGUGGGAGAGAAGGUUACGGAGAUGUUGGUGAACGUGUUGAAUAUCUGCUCGGACCAUGAACUGGAGGCAGACGGAGAUGAGAUUGACGAUCCGGGUGUUUAUGGCCAAAAGAGAGGGGCCUCUGCGGCUGCAAGGAAGGAAGUCAUUCGCAACAAAAUCCGCGCCAUCGGCAAGAUGGCGAAAAUCUUCUCUGUGCUGAGGGAGGAGAGUGAAACAGUUCUGGCUCUCAAGGGUCUCGCGCCAUCAGGAAUGCUGCCCAGCGGCCUCCUGUCCGGAGACAGGGAGAUGCUGCAGAACGCCGCCAUGGAAGCUUCUGGUGGUGGAAAAGACGCCGGGGGGGUCCCUGGCUCCGUGUCGGGGAGCGGGGGCCGUGGCUUCUGCACGAGGAUCAGCUCCUUCGAGGAGGCCAAGGGCCUGGACCGGGUGAACGAGCGCAUGCCACCCCGCAGGGUCGGGGCGCCCCUCACCCCCACCUCCGCCGAGUCCUCCCCAACCCCCACCGAGCCCCCCCCCACCCUGCCCAGUGUCGUUGUCGCCACGGAGGAGACCCCCGCGGGGGGGCACGAGGAAGGGGGGGAAGAGGGACCCCCGCCGACCACGGGAGGAGCGACGGACGUGUGAGUCGGUGGGGGGUGGGGGGAGGGAAGAGGGUGAGGUGGGGGGAGGGGGGAGAUAAAAGGGGGAGAGGGACAGACACGGGAAGAGAGACACAGAUGCAUACAGACUUGCACAGAGACACAUACACAGACACACAGAUGCAUACAGAGAAACAUAUACUCACACAGAGACACAGACUCGCACAACCUCACACAGGGACACAGACUUGCACAGACUUGCACAAAGACACAGACUCACAUGGAGACACAGACACACAGACUCACAGAAACACACACAGAGAUACACACUCACACAUAGACCCUUAGACUGACACAGACCCAUAAACUCAUACACAGAAACACAAACUCACACACAGACUCACACAAACUCACACACAGACUCACACAGACUCACACAUACACAUAUCCAUAGACUCACACAGAUGCACUGACUCACACAAAAACACGGACUCCUACAGAGACACAGACUAUCACAGAGACAUUCACACAGAGACACGCAAACUCACCCAGGCUCGGAGACACACUCACACAUAGACACUGAGAGACACAGAGACCCAUAGACGCACACAGACGCAUAGGCUCUCGGUUAUACACAUACUGUCACAGAGACACAGACUCUCAUAGAGACAAACUCUCAUAGAGACACACAAACUCUUACAGAGAAACAGAGACCCAUAGACUCACACAGAGAUGCACAGGCUCUCAGAGAUACACAGAGACAGUUUCACACACACAUACAGACUCGUACAGAGAAUCGCACCAACUCUCCCAUUUGCUAAGUUGCUGCAUUUAAGUUCAUUAACAGCUGCUCACCGGGUGAGAUAAGUAGUGCGGCAAGAAGACCGGUGAGUGGCGAGGCUCAGGCUGAUGGUGCUGGUGGUGGUGGGGUAAAGUGUGGGUGCUGAGUGAACGAGAAAUUCACAUGACAAUGAAAAUAAACUCUACCCUGAGA